GGACUCGCAGCAGAAGCGGUAUGUUCCGGUGAAGGGCGACCACGUAAUAGGAAUCGUGACGGCCAAAGCGGGAGACGUGUUUAAACUGGACGUCGGUGGGAGCGAGCAGGCGUCUCUGUCCUACUUGGCCUUUGAAGGCGCCACGAAGAGGAACAGGCCCAAUGUGCAGGUGGGAGAUCUUAUUUAUGGUCAGUUCCUUGUAGCAAAUAAAGACAUGGAACCAGAGAUGGUCUGUAUAGAUAGCAGUGGAAGAUCAAGUGGAAUGGGAAUAAUUGGACAAGAUGGCUUCCUCUUUAAAGUUUCCUUAGGUCUAAUAAGAAAACUCUUGGCUCCCAAAUGUGAAAUAAUUCAGGAGCUCUCACAACUUUACCCGUUUGAGCUGGUGCUGGGAAUGAAUGGAAGAAUAUGGGUAAAAGCAAAAACAGUUCAACAGACUUUAAUUAUAGUAAAUAUUUUGGAAGCCUCUGAGUAUAUGACUGCAGUACAGAGAAAACAAGCGCUUGCCAAAUUGUCUGGGAAUUGAUAAGAGAAAAUAUUGAGGAUUUGUCUGCAAUGACUGUAGGGUGUUUUGGUUAUUUUUGUAUUCAGAUUUAUAUUAAAAGCCA